AUGAGUAAAUUUGAUUCUCCCUCGGAAAAGGCAGGAGUGCCUCAGUCCGCAACCUUUUCCUCUGAAUCAUGUUUGGGUAAGUACACCCAAAUGAGAGACAGACUCAAGAAGCUUCUCUCACCCAAAAACUCAGACGACCUGUACGAGCUACUCUUGCUACUUAAGAACUCGCACCUGUUCGGCUCUGAGACAGUAACUAAAAUCGAUACCCUGUUUUCAGAAAUCGCAAUUUGUACACCAGAAGAUGAUCUCACCCACGUAGAGCUCGCAGACUGUUUCGUGUCAACGCUCCUGUCAUAUAUCGACGACGAAUAUUUUAUAGAUCUCCUGCAGAAUAUAAUUCUCCAUACCAGAAACAACUCACUCAUUUUGUCCUGCGAAAACAGACUCUUUGAGCUGGUUUUCGUACUCGGAAUGGACGUCACAGUGGACAAACUACGAAACCCGCUGGGAUUGGUGUACGUAAUCCUUAAGAGCUCAGUCUCAUUUAACUCCAAGUUUGUGAGUAACAGAGUAUCGCAGGACGAGUCUCGAAUAAAUGUGGGCUACCUGCUAACGAGUCAAAUCUACAACUCAAUGCUGUCGCCCUCAUCGCCAUACGCAUACAAUUUCAACAGUAAUUUUGAACAAAAUGAAGUUUACUCGUACAUUUCAAGCUUGAAACUGGAUAAUCGUAAUUUGAAGGAAUUUUUAAAUAAAGAAUGCUUCGGCAAAAUCUGCGAACAAAUUGUAUACUAUUGCGGAGACUUUGCUAAUAGCGUUAAGUUUUUGGAAAAUCUUGUUAAAAUAUGCAAGUUCAUACACUCGAAAGACGUAAGUGGAAGUAAAAAUUACAGAAGCUUAACUGUAUCCAUACUAACACAAAGAUUUACAAACCCAAUUUUCCAGGCUGAUUUAAUUUUAACAUUUUUAGAAAACAUGUAUCAUGAGCUACUUUCCCAGGAUUUUAAAGACUUUUACCAUUUCUCAAUAAAUUUCCCAAGUACUUUCGGCUUCAAUUUAAAAAACCCAUUCAACGCACAAUUCAAUGAUAAAGCUUCAACCGAAGGACAAUCGCAGUCGGACCACGAAAGCGAUGAAUACAAACAUGACGAAGAUUCAAGCUACGAUUACAGUGAAGAUAACAUGCUCAAAUCUGAUCUAUUUUUCAAUUUAUUCCCAGCAGCACAAGAGGAAGACCUCAUUGAGGUCUACUGGAUACUGGAAACUGAUAUCUUGUUUGCACUCUUCCACUCAAUGCGUAGCUCAGAUCACUCUGACAGGUUCUAUCCCCUAUUCCUAAGCCUACUAAAAGAAGCAAAAAACCCAUCGAUAUUCUCAAGAGCAAUAAUUUUUAAACUGGCACUCGUGUGGUCAGACUACAUGAAUGCAGGAAGAUGUAACUAUAACCCAAUUUCAUUGAAGAUCGUGACAAUGAACCAGGAUUUCUGGUUCCUUUUCCAACAAACACUUUGUACAAUAGUCCCCAAGUCAGUACUUUUGAACGAAGUAAAACAGUUCAAGGACGAUUUUAAGGAUAAAAGAUGUGAGUCGCUCUUUGAUUUUAUCCUGAAUAUCGCAAUUCACACAGAUUCAGACUGUUUCUUCAUCGUUCUGCUGGAAUUGCUGAGGUGUUUCGAGUACGACGUUGAUAUACUAAAGUACUCAGUACAGAUGUUCCAAUCAACAUUGCUGGAGUUUUUUAAGCACAACAGAGUUAGGUUCAGCAGAGGCCUACUAGAAAUAGUAUGCUUUUGCAGACAACACUUUGACUGGGGUUUCAUGACGAUGCUGGUGCACUCAAUUGACGCCCUCAUCACAGGAGAUUCAGACAAAUUCGCCAAAAUCUCACUCUCAGACGCAAUGAUCGACUACCUGUCAUGGAAACUACAGCUCGAAACUGAUAUCAACAGAAACUUACUUGACUCAGAUUCUAGCAUACUGUCACAACUGUCAGAUGCGGAAGAUCAAAGAGAACUCAGUAAUAAUGGCGAGGAACCAAGUAACCAAGAUGGUGAACUCAAUAAUGAAGAGGUUAGUGUGGUUAGAUUUCAGAUAUCGACGAAUAUAAUAGCCGAGAUGUUCUACAUACUGUAUCAUUUGACUGGCCCGAACGAAGUAUUGCUUCAGUUGUUCUUCAUGUAUAACCAGCACCUGAAGUCGCUGAGUAGUUAUAACAUACUGUUACUGCCAUUAUAUAGAGGAAUGGACCAUAGAAUUAAGAGAGGAUUACAAUUAGAAGAACAUGAGGAUCAGGUUCUUGAAGACCAAACACUUGAAGAAGAAGAUAAAGGACCAGAUUUAACAGUUCCAGGCCUGAGUAAGCUCGACUUUAUGGAUAAGACGCAGUUUGCACUUGGACCCAACAAGGAUAUUUACGGAUAUUUGUUGCUAAACGAAGACAGUGAACUGACGACAACACAUGUAGUCACACUAAUUUUCUCUGGAAAAAUGGCAAAAAAUGUUCUAAACGCAGUAAAGUUGCUUAAUUCAGAGGAUGGUGCAAGACCACAGCAGAUCCUUAACCUAAUUUUGAGAAAGUUCGUAAAUAAACUCCAACAGCUUUUUAUGGUAAACGUGAAUGAUAGCUUUUGUUUACACAUGUCAAAACCGUCAGCAGAGGAGGAACUUUUGAUCAAGAACCUGAGGAUCCUGUCUAGCUUUUUAUCAGGACUGAUUAGCCUGCACAUUAACAGUGAUCACAUCGACUCCAUCUACAUGAUUUUCAUGACGCUACUCGAGUGCCUGAGGUCAGAAACCGUUUUUCUAAUCGAGUUCUCAUUUCUGACAUUCAACAACAUCAAGAAUUUGUUCAGUUACCCUCACUUCACAAGAGAGUUUUUGUCAGACCCAAAAGUUACCAAGUUCUACCCUAACCUUGUAAAGAACUACAAGUCGAUUUCAUCAACAGACUCAGUAUCAGAAAUCGAAACUAAUCUCGACGAUAACAUUGCUAACGGUGUUGUAGACCACAUGGGAGAAGACGGAGUUGAUAAUGUUGAGGUAGGUCUCGAGGAAUUUGAUAAAUGCAUAAGAGAUAAGGGAGGAAUAGUGAUAAUUAAGGAGCCAGACUUGCCAUCAGCACCUGUUUCAGUUGGUGGCACGUCGGGAUUAGGAACGACACCAUCGCACAUGCCAAUCUCUUCAGUUCCAACACCAACGGGCCCGUUGCCAUCAGUAGGAUUUGAAGUUUUGUCAGGGAUUUGCUCUAACAUUGAUUAUAACGGGCCUAAGAUCUACCCACUAUUUUACCAUGAACAGUGCUUGAUGACGAUUCUGAAUGUUGGAAUUGACGAUUUUUUCAACACCCUGAAGCUUCAAAUUGAUGUUCCAGAAAACACAAACGACUCCGUUAACGCGUUUACAUUCUCAGGGCCACAGUUUGUACAGACAGUUGAAUCACUAGUGCAUAUGGGAAACCUAGACUGGCUAUUCUUUCUUGUACUCAGACACGCAGUGAUUAAAGGAGAAAGCAGUUUUACAGAGAUUACUAAUUUACUGCAGACUCUAGGGCCGAAGAUGUGUGACUACUUUGUGCGCUUCCUCUCGUUCUCAGUUAACCUGUUCCUUAAGUAUUUGAGGUCAUGUCGAGCACUUUUGGUAUAUAAGAAGAUUUUACUAGUUUGUGCAUCUCUAUUAGGCCACUUUACAAUCGCGAGAAAUAAGCCCCUGCUGACAAAACACUUGAACCUGAAACAACUCUUGUCAUUUUCAUACGAAAAGGGCAUGCUAUCAAUUGCAGUACCAUUUGUGUGCAGACUGAUGACGUACGUGGUCAAGAGUAAGAUCUUCAAGCUCCCAAACCCGUGGACCUUUUGCGUUCUCUCACUACUCAACGAAAUCAAAAAUGUCAAAAAUUUGAAACAAAUUCUGGUAUUGGAAAUAAGUAACCUCAUCGUAUUACUUAUGGCGCCCAAAAAUCAACAACAAACAAGCCCAAUCCAUACAUCACAAUCCACUUCAAACCUGUUUUCACUAUCAAGUGGGCCGACAAAAUCAGCGAGUAUGUACAACUUGCCGACUGGUGCAAGCCAGUCAGUGGUGCAAUCGCCAGCAAAUUUGAACAGCGUGAUGAAAUCGAACAUGGUUGGAGGAAACGCGAGCAUAGGGUCACACAUAAAGGAGCUUUUGAAGCACAGAGUGUUGGGUGAAUUUGACCAGAGUUGCAGAUUCAGUUCUAAUAUCUGGUCAAACUCUAAUGAAACGAAGCUUAACAUACCACCAAUCCAUAACGAUAUUAAGGUACUACUAAAGAGGAAAAUCAUCAUCAACUCAAAACUCAUCACAACAACUAAUCUGUCAAUCAAUAAUACAGUUGCAGUUAAUAAUAAUACAGGAGCACUUAAUAAUAACACGAUUGCACAUAACAAUACAGGAACAGUUAAUAACAAUAAUCUCCCAAUUAAUAAUAACAACUCAGUUAUGGUACCAAAGGAGAACCUGCAAAUGAGUCAGAAGGAAUCCGGCGUGAUAAAUUUGGUAAUGAGUAUGGACUUGUACAAGUUGAUUUUGAACGCGAUAGAGAGUUGUUAUAGAGAGAGUAUAUUUAUAAUAGAGAAAAUUGUGCCGAUUUGUGUAUCAACGUGCGGAGUUUUGUCGAAGAUCGACUUCUCAACAGAUACGUCAAUUGAUACCCUGAAAAGGUGCCUAACGUCAAUGACGACAGGACUCAGCACAAGCCUGGUGAACGUGUUGUGUAAAGAAGUUCUACUCUCAAUACUAUCAUAUGAGAUAUACCAAUCACUUCUAAACCAUUAUACGCAAGUAACAAGCGGAAAUCUUAACACGGUAAAUAUGGGUGAAACAUGUCCAAUAUUUGAUUGCAUAUGGCUGGAGUACAUAUCACAGAUAUUGGCGAGGGAUAAUCUGGCAUUGGUAUGUGCAUUGGUAGAGCAGUUGACGUUGGAAUUGAUGGGAAGGUCGUUGGACGAGAUGAUUUCAAGUUGGCCAACUAGUUCGACAAGUUCAAGCAGUAUUUCAAGUAUUUUGUAUAACCAAUUUCUGAGCACCUUGCAUACGAAUAAUAAUAACUCAGGCUAUUACGUAAACACGGCCAAUUUAAGGAAUACGGAUGACCUAUCACUUUUGUAUAAAAAGUAUUUGACGUUGGUACCUUCAUCUAUAGCGAGAGUUGAAAGGACAGAAAAGAGACCAGGACUCAGAUUCCCAGACUUCUUUAUAGUGCCACCAAUUGAAAGCAUACCAACCAAUUUGGUAAUUUGUAAGUUUGAAGAGUUUGAACAACGCCUGAAAGAGUCAGCCAAGUAUCUGCUAAUGUACCCGCCCAUUGUUCCUAUGGCAAAUUGUAAAUUUUUGUACAAGUGCGAAUCGUCAUCAUUACUGUUGUUGAGUUUUCUCCCGAAAAAUCACCAAAUAUUCACGCUGCUGUGGAGUAUCCACUACAUCGUGGUGAAGGCAACUAACAUCACAGAGUGCUACGAAAUGAUUUUGAAUAGGGUUGUGAAGAAUUUGGUUGACUCGAAAGCGGUUUCAAUUCCGUCCCUAGUAAAUGAAGUUGAACUGACACUGCUUGAAAUGCUGUGCGUAGAUAAUGCUAACCUGGUCAACAUAACAACUGCACUACUGCCAAACCUGACCUUCAACAAGCUGGUACUGUUCCUAAGAUUCAAACUGAUCAAAAUACCAGCCUUGGAUAUUUAUUUGUGCAACUCAGGGGACCUCGAGUUUGUAACUAAAAUGGUCUACAGACUAAUUGUAGAUUCAAAUUACAUUACUCUCAAGGAAUUGCCAUUGUCACUGAAGUUCCUCAGCAAAUUUGAUAAAAACACACUCAUACACUCGGUAGGAGAACCCACCAAACUCAAUAUCAUACUAUCCAAACUGUUCAACCAACCUAUUCCGAACACAGGUAAUAUUAAUAACAUGAGCAGUAAUAAUACAAUGGCUAACAAUACAGGUAUGACAAUGGAUAGAUUGAUAAGUUUGAGAUUACUAUUUAUGAACAGAGUGUAUAUAAGGAAUAGAUGUGUAGUACAAACAGAAGUAAGUAAAAAGCACAUUAAUAUGUUUAUGGAGUUUUUGAACUGUGAGUCCGAUUCCGAUGUGGACUUGUUUUUCAUUAACUUUAAUGAAAACCCAAUUGACCACUUCAUAACAUCAGCACUUCUCCUGACUCUUUUUAUUUCAUACCAAUCCCAACAGUUUGAAACUGUGGAAAGAGUUGAAAAAAUGGAUCACAAGAGGUUAAUGAAGUUUGAUGGUAUACCACGCGUAACUUAUGGUAGUCCUAAUUUGGAGUAUGUACCAGCGUUUUGUAAGUUGGUGAAUGGUUUCAUUCAAACCGACGUCUUUAUACUUCAGAAGGUAUUGCACAUAUUAUUGUCAGUGCUGUAUAAGAAUUGCUGCUUCCCAGUCUUCUUCAAGGUGAUUCAGAACUUCAUUUUUAAUACAAAUUACACGUUUUCCGCGCACGUCUCAAUUUCACACUUUCUUCUCUACUGCAACCCAACUGAAAUGACGAGUUUUGCACCAUUCUGGGUCCAACUUGCCACUAGUAAGCAGCUGAUACAGUCACUAAUUCAGUCACCAGUUGAGUGGUACACUUUAUCACAACUUAUCAAGUACACACUGAUCUAUUACACGACAGCAAUAUCACAGAGAACAACUCAGAAAGAUGGCAAGGAUACUGUAAUUGACACUCUUCUGGACAACAUACUUAACAUUCUGCUGUAUUUGUUACAGAUUUGCCCAGAGUUCAUUUGCGGCUAUUACUUAUCAUUCUGUGAAGUCACUUCGUCGGUUAGGUUUAGGAACAUCUUCACAUUCAGCACGCCCAAGAAUGUAAAGUGCUCUAACCCUGCAACUGCUACUGAGAUCUCAGAAACAUCACCACUCUCAUUCGUCAACCACAUCCAGUACAUUAUACAGAAGCCAACACUAAAGGGCUUGACUGAUACUUUUAUAGCUGAACCUUCUGACAGACUAGUUCCUAUGAUACUGAAGGAAUUGCAGUCUGAAGGUAUACUCAUAUACUACACACUAUAUUUGGGGUAUACUUUACCCCUUCUCAUUAGUAAAAUUGGUCUCACCAAUGCUAAUACAAGUCCAGGAUCUGACUGUAAUCCCAACAGUGUCAUAUCCAUGAGGGUCAUAAAUUGUUAUUUACUUUUGGAGAAAUUGGUGGUUCAAUCUAAGUCCAAGUUACUGGUCAGUUCAAUGCUUCUUCACGCUAGGUAUCCUAACCUCGUCACCAUCAGGUUCAUUUCAAUUUUCAAGAAUCUUUUCGAGAGGGCUGAAAACGUUCAGGAGCUCAUUAUCACUUGUAUUCUUGAGCGUUUGUUGGUUAAACCUCAUCCUUGGGGUGUUGUUCAUCUGCUCUUCCAGCUCGUCAAGUUUAAAAAGUUCUGGAACUUCAUUCAACACAACAAACACUUUGAGGAACAGCUAAAAAAGAUUAAAACACUCUAUAUGUCAUGA